CAUACAAGACGUUAGAGAAUUAUUUGAACCAAAUAAAGGAGACCCAGAUAGACUACCGAAUCUGUUGUCAAACUCUUGCGUUGAGAGAACAGAUUAAAAAAGACAGACGAAAAAUAGCUAGGGCUCGGGAACUACAAUGGUUUCACGUCCUGUACUUUCACACUGACAACGUCUAUGUUCACCUUUUGUUCUCAAUGCAGCUUCUUAGAAUAGCAACACAGUUAGAAGACGUUUUACCGACGAAUAUCUAUUUUGAGGUCGUGAACAGUUCUAGAGAGCAUGCAUCUGAGGCACUGAGAAUAGAUAGACUAGAAAAAGAGCACACACUGGCCACUUGGUUGUGGUGCUUAUCUUUUUUGUGGCAGGCGAGAAAAGUUAAAAUAUUACAAUACAAAAGAGCGCUCUUAGAAAAAUGUAAAGAAAAUGCGGUGAAGACGUUUAGAUCUAAAGUAAAAAUGCAGGAAACUGGCAAUUCGAUAUACGACUUAUCUCCUAUUUACUUGGCUAGUUGUUGCUACAUGCUAGGGGAUCAGGAAUACAUAUAUUGGAUAGAUAAGUGCAUUGCGGAUUCGACGUCCGUUCAGCUAGAGGACUUAGUUGAUUUACAUCCAUUGUCUCACUGCGAUUGGUACAAAAAGCUGGUACAAGAGAACUCGAGAAUCAUGAACGUCCUGGGACCCUUCCUCUUGAAAUCAGUUUAUAGAUUAGACAGCAAAACGGAAAUUUUACGCAGCAUGUAUAAGAGCCGAACUUUGACUAAUAGCUCCCUAGAAAAAUCGAUUUACACAGAGGUCAGCCCCUUUAGUGAACAACAAAGAUCUGAUAAGGAGAAUAAAUGGAUGUUGGAAACCAAGCAAAGAAUGCGUGAGAGGUUAGCACUGUAUUCAAUGCGAGAGAGGAAAGAAGUGCCCCAAGACGGGAACUGCCAAAUGAACUCGCUGUCUGACCAACUCUAUGGAACGUUUGAGUACGCUGGAUAUAUUCGGGGUCAGAUUGUAGCUUGGCUUCGCAAAAAUGCUGAAAUGGAGUUAGAAAACGGCGCAAAACUCCUUGAUUUUUGCGCCGAUCCUACCGGAUGGGAAAGCUAUUGUAAUUCGAUGGAAAAAUCAGGAACUUGGGGAGACCAUUUAACGCUUGUAGCUGCGGCCGAGGUAUUCAGUGCAGUCAUAGUCAUCAUCAGUUCAAGUAAAGACAGUUGUGAAUGUUUACAUAUUAUUUCCCCUCAAAAAAAACCAAAAAAAUUAAUACAAUUGUGUCAUUACGAAGAGUUUCACUACGGUACAAUUGAGAUUUGUCCAUGAUCACAACAAACCUGUUUCUGAAAACGAUCUUCGUCGUCCUGCCCCCAUUUAUUCUGCUUUUCUUGAUACCCAAAGAAAUACUAACAAGAGAUGCAAAAGAGUACACGACAUAAUCGUACAGGAUGAAGAAGAGAAUGCCAUCAUCUGGUCUCUUCGGAAAAAAAUCAGUACACUUCAACGAGUUAAAGGAUUUAUACAUAAUUGUUUUUUUUGAGGUUAAAAAGAAACGGUAAUGGUUGGGGGGGCAUAUCAAAUAGGGCGCAAUAUGCUGACUAUAUUUACAUUGAAAAUAAUAGACCGCGCGCCGUGCUUAACUCGCAGACUGCUCUAAUCGAACAUGGUCUCUUAUGCAAUUAAUUGCCAACAGCUGCUUUAGGAUUUGAAUGUCCACACUUACGCCCAGAAUCUCAUACAGACGUAUCUAGAACAGAGAUGAUAACGAAUCCGGGAAGAGCAAUCGCUCAACAUGAUGAAUUAGGCGUUCACAAUUGACGAAAAUCUAAAAGCAAUCAAUAAACUAGAAUUUGCAGAA